CAUUGUCUACAAUUUGUGGAACAAACACAACACAAAAUUGCGAAUACUUUAUAUCUCAUUAUUUAGCACAAAAUACAGUUCAGCACAAAAGAUUAAGAGAAUCUGGAUAAAUCCUGCAUCCGUUACAACAUAAUGUAAAAGAGGGUGCUGAACUGGUUUGCCUGCCGUCAAGACUUUUGACCAAAAACAUUUGGCAUAUCAUGAAACAACCAAUAACUACUGCAAGUAGAAUCCACUAUCAGACCCGAAUGCGACAACAUUCGUCUCCCAAAACUCCAACAAAAUGGUCUCCUUAGUUACCAGGCGGCGAUCAUCGGUAUUCAAGCACGCAAUGACACCAAGUAAAAUAUUUUUAUACAUCAUAUGCAAUUAUAUAUUUUUAAAGACUAGAAACCGAUCACAAUACGAAUCGAUGGAACUGUUAAUAUUUUCUUUACAUAGAUGGCGCUGUUACCAAGGUGGUGGCUUUGACGGAAACGAGGGGAAUUUCCGUGUGUUACAUCAAAAUACGUCCUGACAGUCGAUGUAGCUCGAAUUACGUUUAUAAAAGCGAUUCGUCACACAAAUAAAAUUAAAUAAAUUAACAAGAGAUAUAAUUUUAUUGAAAAGCAUUACACAUGGAUGUACAUGCAAUUGUCUAUUUGUUAAAUUAACACAUGACGUAGACAUCGCUUUGAACGUCGCUGUCAGUAAUGCGGAAGUAAACUUUUCAAAACCCACCAGUCUUCAUUCUCACAGAUGUCCUCUGCAAUGAUGGAAGGUUCUUCAAAAAGCGAUGCCACAACACAGACCUCUGUUGCCGCACAAGUUCCCUUCAUCAACCUCUGCACAGUUCUGGAGAAAAUCCAAAAGACCAAACUCCGACCAGAUAAAUCCAUGAUCCUGAAGGACUUCAUAGAUUCAUGGAGGAAGUUCCAUGCGGCGCUUCACAAGGACAAUACAAGCACCACAGACUCAUUCUACCCAGCCAUGCGUCUCAUCGUGCCUCCAUUUGAGCGAGAGCGAAUGGCUUACGGUAUAAAAGAGAACAUGCUGGCCAAACUUUACAUUGAGGUUUUAGGUCUUCCUAAGAAUGGACCUGAAGCAAACAAACUUUUGAAUUACAGAGCCCCGACUACAUCCCAAGGGGAAACAGGUGACUUUGCCCUCACGGCGUACUUUGUCCUCAAAAACAGGUGCACUAGCAAGGGGAAUUUAAGCCUCAAAGAAGUCAAUGACUUUUUGGAUUCGGUAGCGUUCAACAAUGCCAGCAAACAGAAGGAUCAGGUGAAGAAAAGCCUUUUACAGGUGAUAACCCAGAGUUCAGCAUUGGAGCAAAAGUGGCUUAUUAGGAUGAUCCUUAAGGAUAUGAAACUUGGCAUUAGCAAAGAGACGAUACUAAAGGUUUUUCAUUCAGAUGCACCGGAAUUUUACAACGUCACAACAGAUCUGGAUAAAGUGUGCAGGCAACUUCACGACCCAUCCGUGUCGCUAAGCGAGAUGUCCAUUAAUCUGUUUUCUGCUUUUAAACCAAUGCUGGCUGCCAUUGCCAACAUCGGACAAAUCGAGAAGCAAAUGUGCAACCAGCCGUUCUAUGUUGAGACGAAGCUUGAUGGUGAACGCAUUCAGUUGCACAAAGUUGGAGAUGUGUACAAAUACUACACCAGGAACUCUUACGAGUACACGCAACAGUUCGGCGCCUCUCCACUGGAGGGCUCUCUCACGCCGUACAUUCACAACAUCUUCAAACCUCACGUGGUGAACUGCAUUCUGGAUGGCGAGAUGAUGGCCUAUAACCCCACGACUGAGACCUUCAUGCAGAAAGGCAGUAAGUUUGAUAUUAAAAGGUUGGUGGAUGACUCGGAACUGCAAACUUGUUUUUGUGUGUUCGAUGUGCUGUUGUUAAACGACGAGAAAUUUGCAAACGAACCCCUCAAGAAGCGUUACGAAAUUCUUCAUACCAUCUUCACCCCCCUCAAAGGCCGUUUCCAGCUGGUUUCUAAAUCCGAAGGGAGAACAACGCAAGAAGUGGUGAACGCUCUCAACGAAGCCAUUGACAAUCGGGAGGAGGGGAUUAUGGUUAAGGACCGGAUGUCUAUAUACAAACCCGAUAAACGUGGUAAAGAAUGGCUGAAGAUUAAACCGGAAUAUGUCGAUGGUCUGAUGGAUGAACUGGAUCUGCUCAUAGUGGGUGGCUACUGGGGGAAAGGCAGGAGAAGCGGAAUGUUGUCGCAUUUUCUUUGCGCCGUGGCCGAGGAGCCGAGUCCCGGGGAGAAGCCCACGGUGUUCCACACGGUCUGUCGCAUCGGAUCGGGCUACACUUUGAAAGAACUUUACGAUCUCGGACUGAAGUUGGCCAAGCAUUGGAAGAUUUACAACAAAAACCAUCCUCCGGCGUCCAUCUUGUGCGGAACGGAGAAGCCAGAGGUUUACAUAGAACCGCAAAACUCCGUCAUCAUACAAGUCAAAGCAGCGGAGAUCGUUUCCAGCGAAAUGUACAAGACCAGCUGCACCUUACGCUUCCCCAGAAUAGAACGAAUCCGAGAGGAUAAGGAAUGGCACCAAUGCAUGAACUUGACCGAACUCAGUCAGUACCGUUCCAAGGCUUCUGGAAAACUUGCGUCCCGACAUCUACACAUCCAAGAGGGUCUACCUGAAAAGAAGAAGCGAAAGGUUGCGGCCAAGCCCAAGAAGACCAUCGGUAUCAUUGACCACUUCCGAUCUCAGGAUUUAUCAGCCGUCGCCAAAGAGACCGAUAUGUUCGAAGGGGUGGAGUUUUGCGUCAUCAACGGAAACGACGAGCGCUCGAAGGCGGAGCUGGAGAAGUACGUGGCACGCGCUGGAGGUAUCGUCGUUCAGAACCCUGGAAGGGACACGUACUGCGUGAUCGCCGCCGUGCAGAACUUGAGGGUGAAGAACCUCAUCUCUUCAGACCAGCACGAUGUUGUGUGGGCUGCCUGGCUCGUGGAGUGUCUGGAAAAGAAGCAGGUUGUACCAUGGCAGCCGCGUCACAUGAUCCACAUGUCACCGCCCACGAAGGAACAUUUCGCAAAGGAGUACGAUAAGUACGGAGACAGUUAUUACGUCGAUACGAAUGAACAGCUGCUCAGGGAUGUGUUUGGAAGGAUCGGACAAGUAGACGCUGAGGUUUCGUCUGUGGCACAGAUGGAAGCAAAGUACACUUGGGAUGACUUGCACACUAGCAUUUUUAGGCCUUUUGGUGCAUACUUUGACCGGUGUGCUGAUUUAGGAGAUCCGCAUACGCUUAUCAAGGGUACGUGUCUGGACACACGAGCCUUAGAAUUCAGAUUUCAUGGUGGUUCAGUUGUGGAGGAACUGAAGGAGGGAAUCUCGCAUGUCAUAGUAGAUGAUGAGGGAAGGAUUCUGGACUUGAAGACGCUAAGGCGUCUUUAUAGGAAGAAGUUCAAAAUCGUUCGUGAAUCAUGGGUGACCGAUUCCAUCAAAGAAGGCCAUGUGGUGGAUGAGAUUGACUACCUCGUAUAACAAUGAAGGCUACUACACAAAGUGUUAGAACGCUGAUUUUAAUAUUUGCUGCCAUGUUUGGAAAUCCGUUAUUUUUCCAUCUAAAAUAACUAAAUUUUAAAGACUAAUAAAGAAAAUAUUGUUGUCAGGAUUUUAAUGAUGAAGAUAAGGGUGUUGUUUUUGCUUAGAGUGUAAUAAUGCUGUUGAAAAAUGCCGACAUCAUAUCCAUCUAAAGUGCAUGGCUAGUUUUGCUCUGUUCUAAACAAAUAUGGCCAUUCAAAAUCAAACGUACUACAAAAAAGAUAGACUGUGUUUUAAUAGUUAAUAAAUAGAAUCGUGGUCACCUUGCUAACACAAAGGUUACAGUUGAAAUACUAAAUAAAGUGGGAUGACCUAUUACAAAAUUGUCUUAAUAUUGAUGUUGAUGUUACUGCACUAUUAAUUGUUUUAUUAAAUAUUUCGGGGAAAAACCAACUGUUCUCCUUAAAGAAGCAUUAGUUUUAACUGUACAGCAGUAUAUAUAUAUAUAUAUAUAUAUAUAUAUCCCUUUUCAACAUUUAAAAAUGCUGAUUAAAUGAAAAUUUGAAAUGGGUCUUUUAUUUUUUUCUGCGGCUUUACUGUAUAUGUAUGAAUACUGUAUAUAUAAAAAGGGUUUUGAUUAGCUUCUAUCAAACGCUUACAAAACAUAAUUAUUCAUUCUUUAAGAAAUGUUAUUUUGCUGUGUAAAUGAAGACUCACUUAUCUUUCAGCCGUUGUUCUUCUAUCUGAUCACAUCUAUCAAAACAAGUCUGAAAUAUCCAUAUCCACCCUGGCCUACAGCACAUACACAUGAGAAACUGACAUUUUAGUCAUCUAGUCAUCCAUGGAAUGACAACAAAACUGCAUGUAUUUAGAUACUUUACAUUUAAUGCAUUUGGCACACGUGUAUUCAAAGCAACUUAUAUUGCAUUGCAUGCAUCAAUUUUAACCUUUUGUGCUGCUAUCGCAAUGUUUUACCAGAUGAGCUACAGGAACACUUAAUUGUCCGUGGGAAAUAGUUAUUAAAAAUUGUGAUAUUUGUUUAAUUUCAGUAUUACACAUCAGUAAAAACAAAAUUCAGUCAAACACCGUCAGUGCUGAGAAAUACUGUAUGUGCUGUAUGGUCAUGCUUCACGAUGCCAUAGAAGGAUCUUUUUUGUAUAAAUGGUUCCAUAAAGAACCUUUUACAUCAGAAGAACAUUUCUGUUUCAUAUAAGGUUCUUCAGAUUAUAAAAAGGUAAGAAAGAGAUGAUUCUUUAAAUAACCUUUGACUGAAUGGUUCAUUAUGGAACCAAAAAAGGUUCUGGCAUUGCUGUGAAGAACCUUUAAAGCACCUUUAUUUUUAAGAGUGCAUGUAUGACCCCCUGCCUGAAGCCGUGCAUUUCAAUAAACCAGACAACUCAAAUGGCUUUUUGCUUU